CCCCAGUCGUGGAUGCGCGGGUGCGGUGAAAGCGUAGCCAAAUCUAGACGCCCCUAGCGGCAAGGUCUGGCUUGUCAGGCUAGUGAAAGCUUGCAGAAGGGAGGGGUUGAAAACCACAUGAUAAAUCUGAGAGUGAAACGAAAGGAACGGAGGAAAACGAAACUUAUAGGUCUCCCGGUGAUGUGCUGAUUGUAGUCAGUGUCAGAGGAUCAUUAAUACAUGUAGCUUGCAAGCAGUUAAAAGAAAGAAAGAAAGAAAUAAAGAAAGAAUCAAGGUCUACAGAUGGAGUCACGGCAGCCUUCUUUGGUUAUUGUGAUAUCUUUUCUACUAAUGAUCUGGAGAAGCCUUGCACCUGCAGCAGAAGCAGCCACACUGGCCACAAACAUGUCACUGGAUAAAGAAGGUCCAGAAGGUAUGGGUAAAGGACUCCUGUUAGGCCCAUCAGGUUGGAAAGGUGUAGGCCCCCCUCCAAAGACACCUAGACAAACUUUGUCUCACAAUCCAUCAGAUGCUGAUGAAGCUAAGCUGACCAAUGAAAUGGAAUCCUCAGAGGACACUUCCAAUCUCCAUUAAAAACAAACAAAUUCCUAGUGAUGCAGUCAGCAUAUUUAACGACUACACGUCUCGAAGAGAUUUUGUCUGCAGGGCUAAUGGCUACUGUACAUUUGGCUUCCUCAAUGAAGGAAGGGGAUACCUUUGUUUUUUUCCAUUCCGUGGGUAUGAACUUCACACCGACAAUUUUGAAGUGCUGGUGAAUAUUGACAGCUUUGAGCGGCUGGAGUGGAUGUCUGGCUCGAAAGUCUCUGACCCUAGCAUAAAGUUCUGUCAGGAUAACUUUGUUGGAAAAAACGAGUAUGGCCUAGGGGAUAUUUUUAAAGGGUACUUCUAUCUUCCCUGGGAAGGGAAAGAAAUCUGGUACAGUUCUUACGAUGUGCUGAGUAUCAACCGUGACAUUUUCGAUGUGCAUUACUCAGAUGUGACAUAUAAUGUCGACCUGGUCAACAGAACACGCCAUCCUCCAUACACCAUCAAGACGUUUCGCGUUGAGAACCGUGAUUCCCGGGAGGUGAGCGAGACAGUCCACAUGGAGGUGAGCACGGUGAAAGCCAACUCGUGGGAUAGCACUUUCUCCUCGUCCCUCGCUCAGUCCACGUCCAUCUCUGCGGGGAUCCCCGAUUUCGGAAGCGCCAGCAUCAGUAUCGGCGCCGUGGUGACCCUGGCGCUGUCCGACGGCCAUCUGGAGAGCGAGGCGAUCACGCAGCGCCAGGAGGUGCAGGUCACAGUGCCCCCAGGCUACUACUGUGAGGUGCGGAUGGAGGGGUAUAAGGUGGAGGCGAGCAUACCCUAUGGAGGACGAGUCACCAAAACAUACAAAGAUGGCAAAAAGAUGACCACUACUAUCACUGGCAUGUACGGCGGCACGCAAACAAGUGGGAUCGACUCAAAGGUGGACCCCUGCCAGCCGAUAACCACUCCAGCUCCAGGACUCAAAUUGAGAGUUAGUUCUACCACUACUUUGAGUGCUGACGGGCCUUAUUUGCUAGUGUUAGGUAUUGUAAUUGGUGUUAUAUUGUUUUCAGUGUUGGUCUUUGGUGCACUUUGGACUCUCAGGAGGUACCCAUUCAACAUGCAGCAAUAUUUCACACUGAAGGGAGAAGUUAUUUGAAUUUGGUAUCAAUUCAUGUGUAAACUGUUGUUCAGGAAGCACAGAGUCACUUUUGCCUUACAAGCCACUGCUGCAUUGGCACAAGCCUGUUUCUGGAGACUUUGUAAAUAAUGCCUUUUCUUGUGUUGUUGUCAGCCAUACAGAGUCAGCAUAUUCCAGCACAGGCCUCAUAGCAUGUAAAGGUAGAUACUAAUUCUGAGUCCUGGACUCCAAAUUUCUUCAGAUGUCGAGGGGCAAAACUUUUCCAAUUAGCUGAGCUGCGCAUAUGGCCUAUGAAAGAGAGGGCCUACCAAAUUCGCUAAAUAUUAGGCCUGUCUUAACGAAGAAAGACAUAAUUAGCAUGCUUAGCCUAUUAAUUCACGUGUGUAAUUGUAUGCAUUUUGGGUUUCUUUUACAACUUGUAUGGAGAGUUUCACAAUAAGUGUGAUAGGCUGGCCUACAUCUUCAUUCCUUCCUGUUAUUGGCCAUGUUUUGUUAUGCCAUGAUGACUGAAGACUGGGCCAGAAUAAGGUAUUGUCUACACUUGAAGACAUGGAAAUGACAAUUAGAAAUUACUGUAGUUGUGUGUUAGGCUAGGCCUACAUGUAUGUGAUGCCUCUGUUUUCUCACAGUCACUGAGUGCUUUUCUAUAUUUCUUUUAUGGUGGUAUCAAUUUGGGAGAAAUUUCACUGGUAUCGACUGCUACAUUUUUGUUAUCGUGACAUCCAUAUCCAAGUGUUCACAUACUGUAUCUGCCUCGUACUUUUGCGAAAAACACCAAAUAAACCACCUGAAUUCUCAGUCUAAAAUUA